ACCUGCAUGGACAGAGUCACCCAGAUGGGGGUGUGGGCCCGAGCGUUCUGUGCAGACCCCGCAGCAUCGCCUGCAAGGUCUGCCGCCACUCUCUCCGCCAGUCAGCGGACGCACAACGAUAGUGGGUGAAGACAGCAAUCCCGAGCAGGCGAGGGUGCAGCGGGCACCCGGAAGGCGGGAGGGCCACCAUGCGGGGCCAGCAUGGGGCGUGAGGAGGAGCAGCAGCAACCGGGGAUUGCGGAGCACAUUGUGGACCAACUUCAAAGGCCCCGCUCUGUGUUGCCAACAGCUGGCGAAGGACGGAGUGCUGCAUCCCAAGGUGCAGCCAGUGGUGGUGAGAAGAGAAAGGCUCCGAAGCCAACGCCACCUGCGAAGAAAAACACCAUCUGGACGUUGGAGGAGCGAGUGCUUCUGGCGAAAAUAAGCGGCGAGGAUGAUGCUCUCAUGGCCGACGCAGAAGGUGCUCACCAACAUAUGACCAAAGGCAGGCGCUACGACUGGAUAGCGAACCGAAUGAAAGAGGAGGGGUACACACGCACAGGGGAAGAUUGUUGGAAGAAAUGGGCGGAGCUAACAAAGAAGGUGAAGGAGAUCAGAGAUGCCUGCGAUGGAUCUCGCAAGCCGAUGUAUUGGGAGAUUACAACCGAGGAAAGGAAGAAGUUGGGCAUCAGCAUGACUUUCGAGAAGCCGUUGUGGGAUGCCAUGGAGUGGUUUCGUACCAAGGCUGCAUUCGUCAUGUCGAACACCAUGGCAUCCGAGGAUUUGAGAGCGGGCGGGUGUACGACAGCUAACGACGCUGAGUCAGAAGGAACAGGGACGGAAGCUUCGGAUAGCGCAGCGAAGACCAGUAGCACGUCCUCUGGCAGGAGCCGUGGAGGAGAUUCCGCACCUUUGUCUUCAUCUUUGGUUGCGGCCAUGGAGGAGUCGACCCGUUCACUUUGCGAUGGUUUGGACAGGGCCGCCUCAACGCUGGCUCGAGCAUCUGCUGAAGGGGCUGUUAUGGUGGUUGCAAGGAUCGGGGAUGUGGCCACGGAGAUUGGCCAUGUUGCGGGGGCAAUCCGGCAGGGAAACUCUGUAUUGGAAAUGUUGGUGGAAGUGAUGGCGGGCAGAGGACCGGGAGGAGGCACGAGAUCGCAGGAGGGGGGGGAGAGAACCCCCCCCUGCACGUAGCUGUCGGAGGCGUGGACAGGGCCUUGGUCCUUGAUGCCUUGUACAGGGGUGGCGAGGUUUUUGUUUUUGGUGUUCGUUGUAGAACCGAGAACGGAGUCCCCGUUCUGUUUCGUCCUUACGCAAUGCAAAAUGAAAAAUCAAAUUAAAG